ACGAUGACGCUUAGGCGCUAUCAAAUUUGGCCCGUUGACUGCCAAUAGGAAAGGUGCAAUGGCGCAGAUCGGCGACGAAGUGAAGAAUAAGCAGGUGAUUUUCCGAGACUAUGUCAAUGGUUUCCCAAAGGAAUCCGAUUUCAUCAUUACCAGUGCUACCAUCCGCUUGAAGCUUCCUCAAGAUUCAAAUGGCCUUUUGCUCAAAACACUCUAUCUUUCUUGCGAUCCCUUCAUGCGAAUGCUCAUGAAGAAUCAACCCUCUCCGUUUUCUUACUCCCCUGGCUCUUUAGUAUUUGGGUAUGGAGUAGCCAAAGUUUUGGAGUCUGGCCACUCGGAUUUCAAUGAAGGUGACCUCGUUUGGGGAAUGUUGAAAUGGGAAGAAUACUCUGUUCUGGAGGAUCCUGGAAAACUCAUCAAAAUCCACCAUACUGAUGUCCCCCUCUCAUAUUAUACUGGAAUUCUUGGUAUGCCUGGUAUAACUGCCUAUUUUGGAUUUCAUGAUGUAUGCUCUCCCAAGAAGGGGGAAUAUGUAUUUGUAUCAGCAGCUUCUGGUGCAGUUGGUCAAAUUGUUGGCCAAUUAGCAAAGUUGAUGGGUUGUUAUGUUGUUGGGAGUGCUGGAAGCAGAGAAAAGAUUGAGCUGCUGAAAAACACGUUUGGAUUUGAUGAGGUUUUCAACUACAAGGAAGAACCUGACUUAAAUGCAGCGCUAAAGCGAUGCUUCCCUGAUGGUAUAGAUAUUUACUUCGAAAAUGUAGGAGGGAAGACGCUGGAUGCAGUGCUUUUAAACAUGAGACUUCAUGGUCGGAUUGCAGUAUGUGGCAUGAUAUCUCAAUACAACCUUGAUCAGACGGAAGGUGUGCAUAACCUCAUGCGUCUUGUAACUCAGCGGAUCCGCAUGGAAGGCUUCAUUGCUAAUGAUUAUUUCCAUCUUAAUGCCAAGUUCCUAGAAGAAAUUUUGCCUUAUAUCAGAGAAGGGAAAAUAAGCUAUGUUGAGGACACGGUUCAUGGUCUCGAGAAUGGCCCAGCAGCUUUGAUUGGACUCUUUAGUGGUCGUAAUGUAGGGAAACAAGUAGUUUCCAUCUCCAAAGAAUGAUUCUAAGUAGUUUCUGUUCGUUUACUACCUUGCCGUAGAAUAUACUGAAAAUAAGGCUGAUGGUUGGAUUGUGUUGACAUUUGAGAUCUUUAAAUGAUUUCUUGUUUGUUUCUUAAAUUUCUUGGUCCGAUUCAAUUCAACUAUUAAGGUGAAUUUUCAUCACAUUUGUAUUAUCAACAACAUUUUUUUACUUCAAUAAAAAAGUUUAUUGAUUCGUUGGAUGUCA